AUGCAGCAUUAUGAUGUCAUUUCCCAUUACGCCGCUGCUUUCUCCUGACUCAGCAUCAGUUCCUGCUCUGCUUGUAUUUCAGAUUAACAUGCUGCUGAACUUCCACAUGGGUGAAGACUGUCCGUGUCCUCAAGACAUUCAGGAGGAGCUCUACGAUUUCCACAGCGAGCUGCGUCUGCACUGCGGAAUCCCAGUGGAGGAGGAUGAGGAGUAUCAGGACACGUCUAUUAAAGGCCGUCUGCUGGCGCUCAUCUACAAGAUUAAAGGUCAACCGCAGAAAUCUGAGAGUCCACCCACUGAGAAAGAGCACACGGCUCCAUCGAAUCUGAAGGAGCUGAUCUCCCAGACGAUGGUGCUGUGGGCUCAGGAGACCCAGAUCCAGGACCCGGAGUUGGUGCGCAUGAUGUUCAGCCUGCUGCGGCGUCAGUACGACAGCAUCGGGGAGCUGCUGCGCGCCAUGAGGAGGACAUACAGCAUCAGCGGAGCCUCGGUCAGCGACACCAUCCUGCUGCUGGCCUCGCUGGGGCAGAUCCGCUCGCUGCUCAGCGUACGCAUGGGGACGGAGGAGGAGCUGCUGAUGAUACACGGCCUGGGAGACAUCAUAAAUAAUAAGGUGUUCUACCAGCAUCCCAACCUGAUGAGGGUCCUGGGCAUGCAUGAGACCGUCAUGGAGGUGAUGGUGAACGUGCUGGGAGGAGGAAAGUCUCAGGAAAUCGCCUUCCCGAAGAUGGUUGCGAGCUGCUGCCGCUUCCUGUGCUACUUCUGUCGAAUCAGCCGUCAGAACCAGAAGGCCAUGUUUGACCACCUGAGUUACCUGCUGGAGAACAGCAGCGUGGGUCUGGCAUCUCCAGCCAUGCGUGGGUCGACUCCUCUGGAUGUAGCAGCUUCGUCAGUGAUGGAUAAUAAUGGGCUGGCGCUCGCGCUGGAGGAGCCCGACCUGGACAAGGUUGUGACGUAUCUGGCGGGCUGUGGUCUGCAGAGCUGCCCGAUGCUGCUGGCGAAGGGAUAUCCUGACAUCGGCUGGAACCCCAUCGAGGGCGAGCGUUACCUGUCCUUCCUGCGCUUUGCCGUCUUCGUCAACGGUGAGAGUGUGGAGGAGAACUCCAGUGUUGUGGUGAAGCUGCUGAUCCGCCGGCCGGAGUGUUUUGGUCCUGCACUCAGAGAAGGAGGAAACGGCCUGCUGGCAGCCAUGAAGGAGGCCAUACAGAUCUCUGAGAACCCCAGCCUGGACCUGCCCAGCAGUGGAGCCGCGCACGCUUCAGACGCCUCUACUGAGGGUGAGGAGGAAGAGGAAGUGGUCCACAUGGGAAACUCUAUUCUGUCCUUCUACUCUGCUCUGAUUGAUCUGCUGGGCCGCUGCGCUCCUGAGAUGCAUCUGAUUAAUAAGGGUAAAGGUGAAGCUCUGAGGAUUCGUGCCAUCCUGCGCUCUCUGGUGCCCACAGAGGAUCUGGUGGGCAUCAUCAGCAUCCCACUCAACAUGCCUGCGGUCAAUAAAGAUGGCAGUGUCACUGAGCCAGACAUGGCUGCCAGUUUCUGCCCGGACCACAAGGCCCCGAUGGUGCUGUUUCUGGACCGUGUGUACGGCAUCGAGGACCAGAGUUUCCUCCUGCAUCUGCUAGAGGUGGGCUUCCUGCCGGACCUGAGAGCCGCUGCGUCACUGGACACGGAGGCUCUGCGCACCACUGAAUCGGCGCUGGCGAUGAACAGAUACAUCGGAUCGGCUAUUCUGCCGCUGCUGACGCGGUGUGCUCCACAUUUCUGCAGCACGGAGCAUCACGCCGCGCUCAUCGAUAACACACUCUACACCAUCUACAGGCUGUCCAAGGGCUGCUCGCUCACCAAAGCACAGCGCGAUGCUAUCGAGGAGUGCUUACUGGCUGUCUGCAAGUACCUCAGACCCUCCAUGCUGCAACAUCUUCUGCGGCGACUGGUGUUUGAUGUGCCACUGUUGUCUGAAUACUGUAAGAUGCCUCUCAAGCUGUUGACCAAUCACUACGAGCAGAACUGGAAGUAUUACUGCCUGCCGUCGGGAUGGGGAAGCUACGGUCUGGCGUCUGAAGAGGAGCUGCUGCUCACCAAGAAGAUCUUCUGGGGAAUAUUUGAUUCUCUUUCUCAGAAGAAGUAUGAGCAGGAUCUGUUUAAGAUGGCCAUGCCGUGUCUGAGUGCCAUCGCUGGAGCUCUGCCGCCCGACUACAUCGACUCCACGCUCAGCACCACGCUGGAGAAACCUGUCUCAGUGGACACGCAGGGAAACUUCGAGCCCAGACCCAUAAACACAGCCAAUAUCUGCCUGCCGGAGAAGCUGGAGCACAUCGCUAACAAAUAUGCCGAACAUUCCCAUGAGAAAUGGGCUGCGGAGAAGGUUCUUCUAGGCUGGAAACAUGGAGAAAACAUCGAUGAGAAAGCAAAGACUCACCCGAUGCUGAGAUCCUACAAGUCCCUCACAGAGAAGGAGAAGGAGGUGUACCGCUGGACGGUGCGCGAGUCUCUGAAGAGCAUGCUGGCGAUGGGCUGGAGUCUGGACAGAACCAGAGAAGGAGAAACACUCUUCCAGCAGAGAGAGAUGGAGAAAACCAGGCGCAUCUCACAGGCCUCUCAGGGAAACGUCUUCAAUCCUGCUCCACUGGACAUGAGCAGCAUCCUUCUGUCCAGAGAACUGCAGUCGAUGGUUGAAGUCGUAGCUGAGAAUUAUCACAACAUCUGGGCCAAGAAGAAGAAGAGUGAGCUGUGCGGUCGAGGUGGAGGGACUCAUUCACUGCUGGUUCCCUACGACACACUGACGGCUAAAGAGAAGGCCAGAGACCGCGAGCGUGCACAGGACCUGUUUCGCUUUCUGCAGGUCAACGGAUUCGCCAUCAGCAGGGGUCUGAAGGACAUGGAGCAGGACUCGUCCUCCAUGGAGAAACGCUUCGCCUUCAAAUUCCUGAAGAAGCUACUGAAAUAUGUGGACUCUGCGCAGGAGUUCAUCGCUCACCUCGAGGCGAUGGCGAGCAGCGGGAAGAAUGACCGAUCUCCACAUGAGCAGGAGAUCAAGUUCUUCGCUAAGGUGCUGCUGCCGCUCAUCGAUCAGUACUUCAAGAACCACUCACUCUACUUCCUGUCGUCUCCCACCAAGAACCUGAGCAGCAGCGGAUACGCCUCUAACAAAGAGAAGGAGAUGGUCACCAGUCUGUUCUGUAAGCUGGCGGCUCUGGUGCGGCACCGGAUCUCUCUGUUUGGAAGUGACUCCACCACAAUGGUCAGCUGUCUCCACAUCCUCGCACACACACUUGACACCAGGACAGUGAUGAAGUCCGGCUCGGAGCUGGUGAAAGCGGGUCUGAGGACUUUCUUUGAGAACGCAGCGGAGGAUCUGGAGAAGACACUGGAGAACCUGAAACUGGGCAAAUUCACUCAUUCCCGCAGUCAGAUGAAGGGAGUUUCGCAGAAUAUUAACUACACCACCGUGGCUCUGCUGCCCAUCCUGACCGCGCUCUUCCAGCACAUCACCGAGCACCAGUUCGGAUCCGACCUGCUAUUGGAUGAUGUCCAGGUGUCGUGUUAUCGAAUCCUGACCAGUUUAUAUUCUUUGGGGACGGGGAAAAACAUCUACGUGGAGCGGCAGCUGCCGGCGCUGGGUGAGUGUUUGGCGACUCUGGCGGGUGCGAUGCCCGUGGCCUUUCUGGAGCCGCAGCUCAACAAACACAAUCCCUGCUCCGUCUUCAACAACACCACCUCUAGAGAACGAGCCUUGGUGGGCAUGCCGGAGUCAGUAGAGGAUGUGUGUCCGGAGCUGCCGCGUCUGGAUUCUCUGAUGCUGGAGAUCAGUGAGCUGUCGGAUUCUGGCGCACGCUACACUGAGAUGCCGCAGGUGAUUGAGGUGGUCCUCCCAAUGCUAUGUAAUUACCUGUCGUACUGGUGGGAGCGCGGCGAGGAGAACCGGACCCCCAGUAGCAGCAGCACCUGCAGCACCGCCGUCACCUCACAGCACCUCAGCCUCGUCCUCGGGAACAUCCUCAAGAUCCUCAACAGCAACCUGGGCAUCGACGAGGCCUCCUGGAUGAAGCGCAUCGCAGUGUACGCUCAGCCGAUCAUCAGUAAGGCACGCGCUGACCUGCUGAAGAGCCACUUUCUGCCGACGCUGGAGAAGCUGAAGAAGAAGACUGUGAAGGUGGUGUCGGAGGAGGAGCUUCUGAAGGCGGACGGUAAGGCCGACACCCAGGAGGCGGAGCUUCUGAUCCUGGACGAGUUUGCGGUGCUCUGCAGAGACCUGUACGCCUUCUACCCCAUGCUUAUACGCUACGUGGACAACAACAGGUCCCGCUGGCUAAAGGAGCCAGAUGCAGAUUCUGAUGAGCUCUUCCGGAUGGUGGCAGAGAUCUUCAUCCUGUGGUGUAAAUCACACGUAAGACCCUCUUCAUCCUCAGGCCAGCGUCCGUCAGCAGGACUUCCAUCAAACUUCAAGAGGGAAGAGCAGAACUUUGUGGUCCAGAACGAGAUCAAUAACCUGUCCUUUCUCACCGGUGACAGUAAAACCAAGAUGGCGAAGUCAUUCCUCCUUAAGUCUGGAGGUCAGGAUCAGGAGCGGAAGCACAAGAAGCGGCGCGGUGAUUUCUACUCCAUCCAGACGUCUCUGAUCGUGGCGGCGCUGAAGAAGAUGCUGCCCAUCGGCCUGAACAUGUGCACACCAGGAGACCAGGAGCUCAUCCUGCUGGCCAAGACACGAUACAGCCUGAAGGACACCGAUGAGGAGGUGAAGGAGCACAUCAGACAGAACCUCCACCUGCAGGAGAAGUCUGAGGAUCCGGCAGUUCAGUGGCAGCUCAACCUUUAUAAAGACGUGAUGGUGAAGACGGAGGAAACUCCAGAUCCAGAGCGAACCAUCGAGCGCAUCCAGGGGAUCUCAGCCGCUGUCUUCCAUCUGGAGCAGGUUGAACAGCCGUUGCGCUCUAAGAAGUGUGUUUGGCAGAAGUUGCUGUCUAAGCAGCGCAAGCGAGCUGUGGUGGCGUGUUUCAGGAUGGCACCACUCUACAACCUGCCCAGGCAUCGCUGUAUUAACCUGUUCCUCACCGGUUACCAGCGGCUCUGGAUAGAGGCAGAGAUGUACUCGUUUGAGGAGAAUCUAGUGCAGGAUCUGGCCAAGACACAGCCGAAGCCUGAUGAGGAGGAGGAGGAGAUCACAGACACUCAGCCAGACCCUCUGCAUCAGCUGAUCCUGCACUUCAGCCACAACGCACUGACGGAGCGCAGCUCUCUAGAGGAGGAUCAGCUCUACAUCGCAUACGCAGACAUGAUGGCAAAGAGCUGUGCUGAAAACGAGGAAGAGGAGGAGGAAGACAAAGAGAAAACAUUUGAGGAGAAGGAGAUGGAGAAGCAGAAGACUCUCUAUCAGCAGGCCAGACUUCAUGACAGAGGAGCAGCAGAGAUGGUCUUACAGAUGGUCAGCGCUAGUAAAGGUCGUCUGGAUCCGAUGGUGACGUUCACACUGAAGCUGGGCAUCUCCAUCCUCAACGGAGGAAACAUCGUGGUCCAGCAGAAAAUGCUGGACUAUCUGAAGGAGAAGCGAGACGUGGGAUUCUUCAAGAGUCUGUCAGGACUGAUGCAGUCGUGCAGUGUUUUGGAUCUGAAUGCAUUCGAGCGUCAGAAUAAGGCAGAAGGAUUGGGGAUGGUGACGGAGGAGGGAUCCAUCAACGUGAGGGAGCGCGGCUCUAAAGUCCUGCAGAACGAUGAGUUCACCAAAGAUCUGUUCAGGUUCCUCCAGCUCCUGUGUGAAGGACACAAUAAUGAUUUCCAGAACUUUCUCAGAACGCAGACGGGAAACACGACCACGGUGAACAUAAUCAUCAGCACGGUGGACUAUCUGCUCAGACUACAGGAGUCCAUCAGUGAUUUUUACUGGUAUUACUCUGGCAAAGACGUGAUGGAUGAGGCCGGCCAGCGUAAUUUCUCCAAAGCCCUCGCUGUGGCCAAACAGAUCUUCAACUCACUCACUGAAUACAUCCAGGGUCCGUGCAUCGGGAACCAGCAGAGUUUGGCUCACAGCAGACUCUGGGACGCCGUUGUUGGAUUUCUGCAUGUCUUCGCUAACAUGCAAAUGAAGCUUUCACAGGACUCCAGUCAGAUCGAGCUGCUGAAGGAGCUGAUGGAUCUGCAGAAGGACAUGGUCGUCAUGAUGCUGUCGCUGCUGGAAGGAAACGUUGUGAACGGAACCAUCGGCAAGCAGAUGGUGGACACACUGGUGGAGUCGUCCAGCAACGUGGAGAUGAUCCUCAAGUUCUUCGACAUGUUCCUCAAGCUGAAAGAUCUGACCACUUCUGAGAACUUCAAGGAGCACGACCCCGACCGCAAAGGUGUUAUCUCCAAGAAGGAGUUCCAGAAGUCCAUGGAGAACCAGAAGCAGUAUUCACAGUCUGAGAUUGAGUUCCUGCUGUCUUGCGUCGAGGCGGAUGAAAAUGAUAUGUUCAACUAUGAAGAGUUCGUCACACGUUUCCACGAACCCGCCAAAGACAUUGGAUUCAACGUUGCAGUUCUGCUUACCAAUCUGUCGGAGCACAUGCCUCACGACAGCCGUCUGUCUGCAUUCCUCAACCUGGCCGAGAGCGUUCUCAACUACUUCGAGCCCUUCUUAGGCCGCAUCGAGAUUAUGGGCGGAGCUAAGAGGAUCGAAAGGGUUUACUUCGAGAUAAGCGAAUCCAGCCGAACACAGUGGGAGAAACCACAGGUGAAAGAGUCGAAGCGUCAGUUCAUCUUCGACGUGGUCAAUGAAGGUGGCGAAUCAGAGAAGAUGGAGCUGUUCGUCAACUUCUGCGAGGACACCAUCUUCGAGAUGCAACUGGCCUCUCUAAUCUCCGAACCCGAUGCGGCUGAGAGACAGGAGGAGGAGGAUGAAGAAGACGAAGAUGAUGAAGAUGCUCAGAGCGAUGAUGUGGACGAUGAUGAAGAUGAUGGAGUAAUGGAAUCUUCCUCUGCUUUUACAUUAGCCUGCGUCUCCAUGAGGAAGAGUCUGACGAACUUUCGCCACCUGCUGACCUUCAGGAGCCUGCGCAGACGCUACCGAAGACUGAGGAAGAUGAGCCUCCGAGACCUGAUACGAGGAUUCUUCUGCUUCUUCUGGAUGAUCUUCAUCGGUUUCUUCCGCUCGCUCUACAACCUCGUCUGGGGCUUCUUCCACAUACUCUGGUCCACGCUUUUCGGCGGCGGACUCGUAGAAGGAGCCAGGAACAUUAAAGUGACGGAUAUCCUGGGGAAUAUGCCGGACCCUACACAGUUCGGGAUCCACGGGGACGUCCUGGAGAUGGAGAAGCUGGAGUAUUGCGACGUGUCCUCGGUUUCGGAGCUUGGGCGGCUUUCGGCUGGAGAUCAGGAGGACGUGGAGGAUCUGAUGACGGAGCUGAUGAACAUCCAGCCUAGGAGAGAAGGAGGGAAACACGGCAUGGAGCCCGGCCUAGGGGACGUGUCGGAGGUGAUAGGGGUGGACACUCCAUCUCUCGCCAGCGCCGUCCAUCAGAAAAAAGCACAGGAAGCAGCCAGUAGGCGUGCAGCUGAAUCUGAGGCCAAAUGUGAAUCAGAGAAAGCAGAUGUGGAGGAUGGAGAGAAGAAGGACCAAGAUAAAGCUAAAGAGGAGCAGAUCUCAGAUCUGUCAGACGAGGAGAAGAAACCACAGAAGAAGAGACGCGGGCAGAGGAAGCAGCCGGCCGAGGCCUUCAUGGCGGCGUUUUUAGCUGGACUGGAGAUCUACCAGACCAAAACCCUGAAUUAUCUGGCCAGAAACUUCUACAACCUGCGCUUUCUGGCUCUGUUCGUGGCGUUCGCCAUCAACUUCAUCCUGCUCUUCUAUAAGGUGACGGGUGAUGACUCUGAUGAGGUGGACCCGUGGGCUCGGCGUGGCGAUGAUGAUGAGGAUGAUGAAGGUGUGGUGGAGUGUUUCGUCCUGCAGGAGAGCAGUGGUUACAUGGCCCCGACGCUGCGCUUCCUCGCCGUCAUGCACACACUCAUCUCCUUCCUCUGUGUGCUGGGAUACUACUAUCUGAAGGUGCCGCUGGUGGUGUUUAAGCGUGAGAAGGAAAUCGCCCGUAAGCUGGAGUUUGACGGCCUCUACAUCACCGAGCAGCCGUCUGAUGAUGAUAUUAAAGGCCAGUGGGACAGACUCGUCAUCAACACACCGUCCUUCCCCAACAACUACUGGGACAAGUUUGUCAAACGCAAGGUUAUCAAUAAGUACGGUGACCUGUAUGGAGCGGAGCGGAUCGCGGAGCUGCUGGGUUUGGAUAAAAGCGCUUUAGACUUCAAUCCCACCGAGGAGACGGUCAUUAAAGAGGCUUCACUGCUGUCCUGGUUGAGCUCCAUCGACACCAAAUAUCACGUGUGGAAGCUGGGCGUCGUGUUCACUGAUAAUUCGUUCCUGUAUCUGGUCUGGUACACCACCAUGUCCAUCCUGGGACACUACAAUAACUUCUUCUUCGCGGCUCAUCUGCUGGACAUCGCCAUGGGCUUUAAAACACUCAGGACCAUCCUGUCCUCCGUCACACACAACGGCAAACAGCUGGUGCUGACGGUGGGUCUGCUGGCAGUGGUUGUGUAUCUCUACACUGUCGUUGCGUUUAACUUCUUCCGCAAGUUCUACAACAAGAGUGCAGAUGAGGACGAGCCUGACAUGAAGUGCGACGACAUGAUGACGUGUUAUCUGUUCCACAUGUAUGUGGGUGUACGUGCGGGCGGUGGGAUCGGUGAUGAGAUCGAGGAUCCUGCAGGCGACCCGUAUGAACUCUACCGAAUCCUCUUCGACAUCACCUUCUUCUUUUUCGUCAUCGUCAUCCUGCUGGCCAUCAUUCAAGGUCUGAUCAUUGAUGCGUUUGGAGAGCUUAGAGACCAACAGGAACAGGUCAAAGAAGACAUGGAGACCAAAUGCUUCAUCUGUGGCAUUGGGAAUGAUUAUUUCGACACGACGCCGCACGGCUUCGAGACACACACUCUACAAGAGCACAACCUCGCCAACUACCUAUUUUUUCUGAUGUACCUGAUCAACAAGGAUGAAACUGAGCACACUGGUCAGGAGUCGUACGUGUGGAAGAUGUACCAGGAACGCUGCUGGGACUUUUUCCCAGCCGGAGACUGUUUCCGAAAGCAGUACGAGGAUCAGCUGGGAUAGAGAAACCCGUGAAAAACCUCCAGACCUCGUGCCAAAAACGUAUGGAGCCUAAAAUAUGACAAAACUAUCUGAAUCUGGAUUGUGUUCAUUUGAAUGAUUGACAAUUGUAAUUUAAUAGAACUGAAUAUUAUAUGCCAUUACAAAUUAAAACCUCUUAACUUGAAUAUUGAACAUUUGACAUUUAAGACUGCUGAUUUUUACAGAUGUGCAUUUUCAAGCAACAGAUUUUAUUGGAUGGGUUAGAAUUGCUAGACUGCAGGUUUCCAGUUUGAGUGUGUGAAAAUGCGGUUUAGAUCAAAUGUUCGACUUUUCAGACAUCAUCUAUUCUUCUCUCUGCACAGCCUUCUGCGCAACCUGAUUUUCUGCAUUUAAAAUGUUUGAAUAAUUAAUUUGAUGUUCUGGAUUUCUUCAUUCUGAACGAUUUAAACCAUAAAUGAAAAAUGUGCAGUCUAGAAAUUGAACCCAGAAAAUCUGUUGCUUGAAAAUGCAUGUCUGUAAACAUCUCCCUUUAAAAACCUGCGCCCAGUUGCAUGAAAGUCCUUAAGCCUAGAAAUCGCUUAAAGUCCACAUGAACCGGAUUUUCUUUCAUAUUGUGAUGCAGUUCCUAUAG